CAUGCACUAUGUUUGGUGAAGAUCAGUCCAGGAUUUUGCACGAAACAUAACUAGCAACAAACAACGUUUUAUUAUUGCAUUUUUUUGGGGUGGAAAUAUAUAAACAAACCUGACCCACUGCAGCUAAGAAAGAAACCACUAAAUACAACUGAAAUGCAAGACCCGACAUCAGUCGCUAAACGGCGUCGUUUAAAAUGACUGCAUGCGUGUUUGGCACACGCGUGUCCCGUGGAAGUCCCCCAGUAUCCCAUCAUUCCGGGCGCAGGGCAGCCAGCCGGCAGUGGAUGGAACAGACACACGGAGCGAAGAUGGCGGACGCGGACUCCUGGGACGCUGACAAUUUUGACAAUUUGGAGCCGGACGUGCCGGUCAAAAAGGGAGUGGUGCUCGACAAAUGGGAGGGCGAAGAUGAAGAAGAAGAUGUGAAGGAUAAUUGGGAUGAUGAGGAAGUGGAGGAAAAGAAGGAAGAGAAAAAAGCAGGUGGGUUAACAGAGGUCAAAGUUUCAGAAAAGAAAAAAUUGAGUGAAAAGAUCAAAGAGAAAGAGAAAAAACAAAGGAAAAAGCAAGAGGAACUCAAAAAGAGGUUAGAGGAACCAGAAGCACCAGCAGAAAUGACGCCAGAAGAAGAGUUUGAAGAGAAACUACGAGUACGGAAAAUGCAGGAAGAGGCAGACCUUAAACUAGCACAAGAAGCAUUUGGUGUAAAUAAUGUAACUGGAAUUGAUGACAUGAAUCCUUCUUCUAAAGAUGAUUUUACGGAAUUUGAAAAUUUGCUAAAAGAAAAGAUCUCUCAGUAUGAAAAAUCAAUACAUUAUUCAAGCUUCUUGGAGUCGUUGUUUCGGGAUCUUUGUACUUCAUUGGAAGUUGAAGAUUUGAAAAGGAUAAACAACUCUUUGACAGUGCUAUUUAAUGAAAAACAGAAACAAGAAAAGCAAAAUAAAGCCAAAAAGAAGAAGAAUAAAGGCGUCAUGCCUGGAGGAGGACUGAAGGCAAAACUGAAAGAUGACCUGGCAGACUAUGGGGGGUUCGAAGGGGGCUAUGUGCAAGAUUAUGAAGAUUUCAUGUGACAAAGGACCCUCUCUGCAGAGCUUGUCUUCAUUCUCCACAGUCCCUUAACGUGCAGCACAGCUUACUCAUUUCUUUCCAAUGCCAUAUGGGUAUCCUUGUGCGCGCUUUGUCUUUUGAAGGUUAUAAAGGCUUCAUAAAGAACAUGCUCUUAAUAUGCUUUGUCUUCUGAUGAUAAAGCACAAACCAGAACCUGAUUCAAUUCAUCCUACAGAUCACCACCAUAAUUCAAGUUUUCAGUUUUGAAUGACUACAGUUGUACUGGAGUAAGAACACCUGCAAUAUUUGGUACAUGUUAAGAAAACAAAAUAUGUAUUUUUUAAUUAUUUUAAAAAAUGAAUCAACUCAAGAAAUACAAGUAUUAUAGUGUUAUGUUCCUGCAUCUAAAAAAAAAAUAAAAAAUCUGAUCUAUGCAAGUAAAACUAGGUAUUUUUAAUAUAGGUAAACAUCAGCCACAAUUUACAAAGUGCAGGAAUAGGAUACUGCAUCUUUAUAAAAUCUAGACCACCACACGUUUAUUGAUGCCUUUUGGAAAUUCUGGUUAUAAACACAAAUGCCAAAGGGCCUUCAAAUGAACAAAAACAUGACUGACUGUGUAGAUGUUUAGUAAAUGCUAAAGAAAAUGAGCCAUGUGGCCAUAGUACUUACAUAAAAAUGUUACAAACCUAAAUUAACUCAGUUAAUUUGUAAGUGCAUUGGCUAGUAUCUACUCAAUAUUUUUGUGCGUAGAGUUUAGUUGAUAUUCUGUGUUUAUUACUAAUGCAAAUACAAGGGUUGGCUGUUUUUCUCACAUCUAGGAUUUCCAAAACUUCACGCAAAUUACUCUGAGUAUGAUGCAAUAUACUUGAAGGAAUAUACUUAUGACUUCAUAUGGGCUGUAAUUAACAGACUAUUGCAGGUGUGCCAUUUGUUUCCAUAAAAAAAGACUUGCUUAGCAACAGCAUUAAAUAAUUGGACAUAAAAAUGCAAACAAUUCUGACAUCUAAUGUAAUAAAAUCACUAUUCUAAA